CAGAGAGCAGAAAACUGUUCUUAGCAAACAAAAAGCCAUUUUUUGUUCUCUCCCCUUUGUGGAAGUAAUAGUGAUAAAAAAACACACAGAAAAAGCAAUGAUUCAGUUUGUGCUUCUCGUCAGUCGCCAAGGAAAAGUGAGAUUGACCAAAUGGUAUUCCCCUUAUUCCCAAAAGGAAAGAAGCAAGGUGAUUCGAGAGCUGAGUGGCAUAGUGCUGAACAGGGCUCCCAAGCUCUGCAACUUCGUGGAGUGGAGGGGAUUGAAAGUGGUAUAUAAAAGAUAUGCUGGUCUCUACUUUUGCAUGUGCAUCGACUCUGAUGACAAUGAACUGGAGAUCCUUGAUAUAAUUCAUCUUUUUGUUGAGACCCUUGAUCGCUAUUUUGGCAGUGUAUGUGAGCUGGAUUUGAUAUUCAAUUUUCAUAAGGCAUAUUAUAUAUUGGAUGAGCUUGUGAUUGCUGGUGAACUUCAGGAGUCAAGCAAAAGAUCAGUAAUUCGCUUGAUGACUGCACAGGAUUCUUUGGUAGAGAUGGCUAAAGAACAAGCCAGUUCAAUAAGCGGUAUAAUUGCCCAAGCCACCAAAUAAGAAAGAUCGAGCUAGCCCAUGCUAAAGACCACCUAAUCGUUUUCUGCUGCAUUUCAUGAUUAUAUUAAAUUUUUGAUUGAGCUUGUGCAUAAGGACUGGAAUUACAUGGAGUUUCUAUUGUAUUUUUUUGGUUUUCUUUGUUGAUAUAAGGCACAUCUAAUGAAGCAACCUAUUCAAAUUGUGUAUAAGCUAAAUUGUGUGUGCCAAACUACCUUGAUGUAUUUUUUUAAAAUGGAAUAUUAUUGUCUCAGAGAAUCCACAA